ACAUAGGGAUUCAAGGAGACUCUGACCACUCCCCCGUGUCCAUCCAGAUUAAAUCACCCCUCUUCAAGCCAAAGGAACGCCAUUGGCAACUAAACAAAACCAUACUAUCAGAUGCAGAAUGCUCGACACUGACUACGCAAGUACUCACCCAAUACUUCAAAACCAACACCACCCCAGAAGUAUCCCCAUUGAUAACAUGGGAGACACAUAAAUGUGUUGUUAGGGGACACUACAUAAAUCUUUGCACGCAACGCAAACGGGAGAACACUAGACACAUCCUGGACUUGACGAAACAGAUAACCGAACUCGAAACCACGCAUAAAAGGGAAUUGACAGAAGAGGUAUACCUUCAUCUGAUCAACACGAGGAGACAGCUUAGGGACAUACUCUCUCAGAAGUUACUCAAAGUGGUUCGCAGGUCCAACCGCUAUUUUUAUGAGUACUCAAACAAAUGCGGUAGACUGUUAGCCCGAACUCUGCAACAGAGAUGGAGGCAAAACCACAUUCACAAAAUAAAAGCCCAAGGCCGAAAGGAAACAAGACUACCAGCAGAGAUUAUGCAGGCAUUCAGGGUAUAUUAUACUAGCCUAUACAAUCUGGCCGAUACGCCCAGUGCACUCACCCCAACACAACAUAGACGUGAGCUGACAGACUUCCUCACCAAACAUGUAGCCCGGAAACUUACCCCCGACCAAUCCAUGGACAUGGAACAACCCCUGUCCCUGAAGGAACUAUCUGCGGCGCUUAAGCUAACCAAAUCAAAUAAAGCACCGGGUACAGAUGGACUCCCCGCGAGCUACCACCGAACGUAUAGGGACCUCUUGCUGCCACACCUGUUGACAGGCCUGAAUUCGUUACUAGAAGGUGGACAACUCUCGGUGGACACACUCUGA